AUGGACAGAGAGUGCAAGGAGCUCUACAGUGUUUGGGAAGUGGAUGGCAUGUAUGCUGUCACCCCUAUCCCCUCCACUAAACCCGAAGCUAUCAAUACAUGGAAAUGCCUGUUUCCCCUAGGAAUUAUUCACCAGGUUGCCAUGGCCAUGAGGUCUCUGUGGUUGAUGCUGACCUUAGCCCUUGCCCUGCUGGUGUCUGAGGGUGCUCAGGAGACACGCUACCAGAAGUUCUUGCGGCAGCAUGUGGACUACCCCACGACAUCAGGGCUUCCAGGGGCCCGUUAUUGCAAUGUCCUGCUGAUGCGACGUGCUGUUAACAUCCCUGGGAGACCCUGCAAGCUAGUCAACACUUUUGUGCAUGCACCAGCUCAACAACUGCUGGCCGUCUGUGCCCACCAGCCUGAUGGGUUCCAUGCCACCGUGGGGACCCUGCCUGUCACAGCCUGCCGCCUAGUGGGGAGGAAUGUACAUCCACCUUGCACCUACCGUGUUGCUCAGCUCAACCACCGGGUCCAGGUGGCCUGUCAGAAUGGGCUCCCUGUGCAUCUGCAUCGCACCUUCUAG